GCCGGGCUCAGGCUGCUGCAGACUCUACACGUUGGCCUCGCGUUGAAAAGUAGAAUAAAUCGGCAAAGGUCCAGCUCUCCAGACAUGGCUGAAAAAGAAAUCUGGCAGACGAUAGGAGAGGGCUUUGUGCAAGCAUACUAUCAACAGUUUGACAACACUGAUAGAAGUAGUCUUGGUCUGCUUUAUGCUGAUGGUGCUUGUUUGACAUGGGAAGGACAGCCAUUUCAUGGUCGUGCCGCUAUAUCUGGGAAACUAGGAAGCCUUCCUUUUAAGCGAAUUAAGCAUCUCAUUACUGAACAAGACUUUCAACCCACAAUAGACAGUUGUAUACUCAUCAUGGUGUUUGGUCAGUUACAGGCAGAUGAUGAUCCUCCUAUGGGCUUUCACCAAGUGUUCAUGUUGAAGUCGGCACCUAAUGGUGCAUGGGCGUGCACAAACGAUGUAUUCCGUUUGGGAAUACAUAACAUUCCUGUUUAGCUGUAAUUAUUUUCCCAAAAUAAACCAAAAAAUCUAGCAUUCUUUUGUUAAAUUACAUUAAACAAAAAUAAUGU